GCGCGCGCUGAUACUGUAGGGUUUUUUAACGUUAAGUCGCAGGCAGAGGAGUUUUAAUUUAAUACAAAAUUAUGUCUUCUGACUCAGGCUACGGGCAGCCUGGUGCCCCACAAAGCUAUGGAUCCUAUGGUGGAGCUCAGGGCUAUCAACAUGGUGGUGGUGGUGGUGGUGGCGGCGGCGGACAGGGAUACGGACAAGGUAAUGGAAGCAGCUCGUAUGGUGGACAGAAUUAUGAGGGCUAUGGGCAGUCAGAGAGUUUUGGUCAGUCGUCACAAAGUUACUCUGGCUACGGACAGCAACCGCAGAGCUAUGAAGGCUAUGGGCAGCAAGGCUCUGAUUCUUCAUCAGGGUAUGGGGACAAGUCUUAUGGACAGCAAAGCUCCUAUAGUCAACCAAGCUCUUAUGGUCAGCAAGGUUCUUAUGCGCAGCAAGGCUCAUACGGGCAGCAGUCUGAAGGUGGACAGUCUGGGGCAUCAUACAGUGGUCCAGCAGGUGGUUAUGGAAGACGUAAUGAAGGUGAGAACAGGCGAUUUGGUGGUGAUGAAGGAGGUGACAGGUCUGAGGGGUACAGGGGCAGAGGGCGUGGUGGCUACGAUCGUGGGGGCUAUGACCGCGGGGGUUACGAUCGUGGUGGUUUUGACCGAGGUGGAAGAGGAGGAGGACCACCCUCUGGUAUGGGUGGUGGUGACCGUGGUGGCUACAAAAAUUUCGGUGGACCCAGAGAUUAUGGUCAAAGGGAUGAUGCAGGUGAAGAACAGGACAACUCUGACAACAAUACAAUUUUUGUCCAAGGCCUUGGAGAGGAUGUCACAACUCAUGAAGUUGCUGACUUUUUCAAACAGAUUGGAAUUAUUAAGGUAAAUAAAAAGACUGGCAAACCUAUGAUUAACCUGUACACUGAUAAAGCUACUGGUAGACUAAAGGGUGAAGCCACGGUCUCAUUUGAUGAUCCUCCUUCUGCUAAAGCUGCCAUCGAUUGGUUUGACGGCAAGGAGUUCAAUGGAAAGCCCAUUAAGGUGUCAUUUGCCACAAGACGGGCAGAGUUCUCCCAGAGAGGAGGAGGAGGAGGAGGAGGAGGGAGAGGACGUGGAGGUUUCAGAGGUCGAGGUGGCUUUGGUGGAGGCCCUAAUUUUGAUGUUAAGGGAGGAGACUGGCUUUGUCCCAACAGCUCUUGUGGAAACAUGAACUUUGCACGGCGAUAUGAGUGCAACAAAUGUGGUGCACCAAAACCCGGUGACAGUUUUGGAGACCGUGGUGGUAGAGGAGGCUUCAGUGGUGACCGUGGUGGUUUCAGAGGAGGAAGAGGAGGUGGCUUCAGAGGUGGGGACCGUGGUAGUUAUGGUGGUGGUGGCGGCGGCGGCGAUCGCGGCAGCUAUGGGGGUGGAUACAAGAUGGGAGGAAGAGGUGAGCACAGAGAGGAAAGAAGAGACCGGCCCUAUUAAAGGAUUAUUGUGGACUUUGUUGUAACCCAUGAAGCUGGGGAGGGAUGGUUGUAAUAUUGGGAAUAAAGUAAAGGAUGGGUCCAUUGUUGUUUUUUUUUUUUUUUUUUUCUUUUUUUCCCCAAUCUGUAACUUUUUGCCAGAUUGUUUAGUGUAUUGCUUCCAGUGGCUUUUUUUUUUUUUUUGUCCAUUAGAAUCACUGUCCAUCUAUGGUGGAUGAUGGGGAGCAUGAAGGAGGGGGGG